CAAAAAUCUCAGCCCAUGUUGACCAUAACGCUUACGUGCGGACUUCACUCGCUUAAUCCAAUCUCUCCAAACCCACAUUCCAAAACCAAAUUCCAUCAUCUCUAUUUAAACCCACUCACUCUCCACCAUUUUACUCUUCCACCACCCAAUCAUUUCCCACUCACUCCGCCCGGUAAACCCAACGUUACCCGAAACCAACAACCAACAACCAUGGGCAACAAUCCGGACGAAACCGGGUUCAAACUCGUCGGAUUCUCCAACUUCGUCCGGGUCAACCCGAAAUCCGACCGUUUCAAGGUCAACCGGUUCCACCACGUGGAGUUCUGGUGCACGGACGCCACCAACACGGCCCGAAGAUUCUCAUGGGGCUUGGGAAUGCCCAUCGUAGCCAAGUCGGAUCUAUCCACUGGUAACUUGACCCACGCAUCCUAUCUCCUCCGCUCCGGCCAGCUCAGCUUCCUCUUCACAGCUCCGUAUUCUCCUUCUCUGGCCACCAUGGAAAACGUGGCCCCCGCAGCCGCGUCCUCCAUCCCCACCUUCGAUCGCGCCGCCUGUCUCGACUUCGCGUCCAAGCACGGCCUCGGCGUUCGCGCCAUCGCCGUCGAGGUCGACGACGCCGUUUCCGCCUUCCACGUCAGCGUCUCCCACGGCGCCACGCCCGUCUCCCUUCCCGUCCACCUCGACAAGGACGAAACGACCGCUCUCUCCGAAGUCCACCUCUACGGCGACGUCGUUUUGCGCUACGUCAGCUCCAAAUCCAGCUCCGAUUCCUUGUUCCUCCCCAAAUUCGAGGCCGUAGACGCGACCUCAUCGUUUCCGUCGCUAGAUUUCGGAAUCCGACGGCUAGACCACGCCGUCGGCAACGUGUCCGAUCUCGCCGCCGCCGUAUCGUACGUAAAAACCUUCACCGGAUUCCACGAGUUCGCCGAAUUCACGGCGGAGGACGUCGGAACGAGCGAGAGCGGAUUGAACUCCGUCGUUUUGGCGAACAACGAGGAAACGGUUCUGAUACCGAUGAAUGAGCCGGUGUACGGGACGAAAAGGAAGAGCCAGAUACAGACUUACCUGGAGCACAACGAAGGAGCUGGAGUGCAGCAUUUGGCACUGGUGAGCGAGAACAUAUUCAGGACACUGAGGGAGAUGAGGCAGCGGAGUGGAGUUGGGGGUUUCGAGUUCAUGCCGUCGCCGCCGCCGACGUAUUACAAGAAUCUGAAGAACAGGGCUGGGGAUGUGUUGACAGAUGAGCAGAUUAAGGAGUGUGAGGAGUUGGGGAUCUUGGUUGAUAGGGAUGAUCAAGGGACCUUGCUCCAAAUCUUCACCAAACCUGUUGGUGAUAGGCCAACCAUUUUCAUAGAGAUAAUUCAGAGAGUGGGAUGCAUGCUCAAGGAUGAGGAAGGGAAGGAAUACCAAAAAGGUGGAUGUGGAGGAUUUGGGAAGGGUAACUUCUCCGAGCUUUUCAAGUCCAUCGAGGAAUAUGAGAAGACGCUUGAAACCAAGCGAGUUUCUGAACCAGCUGCUGCAUGAGAAUAUAGUCUUUGAUGUAACGUUCAUCCACAGACCACAAUACUAUUUUUCUUCGAAGAAUAAGGUAGUUGCUGGAGCCAUGGUUGGUUAUACUAUUUUUACAAAAUUUGUGGACCAAUUCUAAGAUAUUGUCAUGCAUGUAAGCUUCAUGUGUCACAUGAACCAUCAAUUCAAUGUACAAAGACAUGAAUGCUGAAAUAUGUUUAUAUAGAUUGUCUAGUGUAUGUUUAUUA